GUGAUGCGGCUGGAGGACAUGUUUGUGACGGACAAUGGCUUUGCUGUCAACCGCUCCCACGUGUUCGUGCGCAAUGGGUGCCGACGGCUCUGGAGAAAGACCAGGUACAAGCAAGGGCACAUGGCGCACUAUGUGCAGGGAGCAGCGUUCAACUGGGCGCACCUGAUGGGCAAGAACUUCUACCACUUCACCGUCGAGCUCGUGCCACUCUUCCUCGUCGUCGCCCCCCUCAUGCCGCAACUCAGGACACUGCCUGUGAUCCUGAGGAAGCCCCAGUGGCUGUACUACGACAAGUGGGCAGCGCCUAUCCUGGGCAUACAGCGGGAGAACAUGCGCAUGCUCCCCAUCUAUUUCAAUGACCUCAUCCACGUUGACGUGCUGUACCAGCCCAUAAACCAGGACUGCGACCAUCCCAGCCCCUCGCUCUGGCAAAUGUUCCGCCGACACCACCUGCUGCACCCUUCCGGCCUGCCUCUCUUCAAACCCGACUGGACCUACCGUCAGCAACGCGCCCCUCUCUCUGCCUCUCAGGCGCGCGCCUUCCCCCUCAACUGGGUGGUGGUGCUGGCGAGCCGGCCUGAGGGUGGGGCGAGAGCGCUGGUGAACAAGGGCGAGGUGGAGGGGGAGUUGGUGCGGCGGUUUGGGAGGGAGCGAGUGGUUGUUUUCAACGGGUCGAUGCCCAUUCUGCAAG